UGCACCCUGCAAAAAUCAUCAGUUCGUGCUAAAAGAAAAUGUCUGUUUCUGUCUUCGUCAUAUCGAGGAUUGAUCAGAGGACGGUGUGUUGGUGUAGAAUGGUGUAGCAGCUGUGGGUGAGUGCUGCUGCUGUGUUGCUGCGCUUCAUUCAUGCCCGCAGAAAACAGCGGCAGCAGCAGCGGCGGCUUUAAGACAAUCCGGGCAUCUCUUCAAGCCUGUGGAUGACAUCAUUGAUAUUGUCAAUGGUGUAAACUGAGAGAGAGGGCUUGGUGGUGGGGGUGUGUGAGUGGGGGGAGACAGAAAGAGAGAGAGAGAGAGAGAGAGAGAGGAGCAGCCACAGGAGGGAGAAAGAGGAGGACCUCAGUGUCUGGUUUCGGCGUUUUUCCUCCCAAAAAAAUAAAAAAAAAAUCGUGACAGUGAGAAUCUUCCAGAGUCGCACGGCUCGGAUCAGCUCGGAUCACCUCUAUUUUCUUUUUUAUUCAAAAGGAAGGAGAGGAUCUAUUUUAUUUAUUUUUUAUUUUUUUUUAUUUUCCGUGAGUGGGAGGUUCGGGUCACAGAUCUCCGAGGUUAUGAGCCGUCCGAAGCCGCUUCGAUGCGUCGCUGUCCAGGGUCCUGAGUGAGACGAGAGCCAGCGGGGGCGACCACGGAGCCUGACACAACCCGUGAGUUGAAAAGCUCAGGAGCCAUGGAGUUGAGGGUGGGGAACAAGUACCGCCUUGGGAGGAAGAUAGGGAGCGGAUCCUUCGGAGAUAUUUACCUCGGUUCUAACAUUGCUACAGGAGAGGAAGUAGCCAUCAAACUGGAAUGUGUGAAAACCAAACAUCCACAGCUCCACAUCGAGAGCAAAUUUUACAAGAUGAUGCAGGGUGGAGUGGGAAUCCCGUCUAUUAAGUGGUGCGGGGCAGAAGGCGACUACAACGUUAUGGUGAUGGAGCUGCUGGGCCCCAGUCUGGAGGACCUGUUCAACUUCUGCUCCCGCAAGUUCAGCCUGAAAACAGUCCUGCUGCUAGCUGACCAGAUGAUCAGCAGGAUCGAAUACAUCCACUCUAAGAACUUCAUCCACAGAGACGUGAAGCCUGACAACUUCCUGAUGGGGCUCGGCAAGAAGGGCAACCUGGUCUACAUCAUCGACUUUGGCCUGGCCAAGAAAUACCGGGAUGCCCGAACGCACCAGCACAUCCCCUACCGUGAGAACAAGAACCUCACCGGUACCGCCCGCUACGCCUCCAUCAACACCCAUCUGGGCAUCGAGCAGUCGAGGCGAGACGACCUGGAGUCUCUGGGCUACGUUCUCAUGUACUUCAACCUGGGCUCUCUGCCCUGGCAGGGGCUCAAGGCUGCCACCAAGAGGCAGAAGUAUGAACGCAUCAGUGAGAAGAAAAUGUCUACACCCAUUGAGGUGCUCUGCAAAGGAUACCCCUCUGAGUUCUCCACUUAUCUGAAUCUGUGUCGCUCGCUGCGUUUCGAUGACAAGCCAGACUACUCAUAUCUGAGGCAGCUCUUCAGGAACCUUUUCCACAGACAGGGCUUCUCGUACGACUACGUCUUUGACUGGAACAUGCUGAAGUUUGGGGCCAGCAGGACCGCAGAGGACGGAGAGAGGGAGAGGAGGGAGGGAAAAGAAGGUGAAGAGCGAGCAGGAGGAGGCCAAAGAGGAGCCGGAGGUCGAGCUUUGCCGCCCGGUCCGAACCCUUCAGCAGCCAACAGAGUCAGGAACGAGGCAGACGCAGCUCCGUCAAACCCGGCGACACGUGGGGUCCAGCAGUCAGGUAACCGCUCUCCCCAGGCAGGGAGGGCAGAGCGUGCCGAGCGAGAGAGAAAGGUGGCCAUGAGGCUUCAUCGCGGGGCCCCCGCCAACGUCUCCUCCUCUGACCUCACUGCACGCCUGGACCAGUCACGCAUCACCGCAUCACAGGUCAGUGUGCCGUUUGAACAUCUGGCAAAGUGAGUUCCUCGUGGCUGGCCUGCAGGUCAGCGGCAGCAGCUGCAGGGUAUCAAAUACCCCCUUACUUUUCAAAUGGAUGAAUGAAAACAUGAAUGUGUGGAGGAGGACAAGAGGAGCAUGAGGAGGCAUUGCAGGCCCUUGGAAGGGGGAUCGAGGCCAUCCGUGUGUCUGUCAGUAUGCUGUGUGAACACUGGAAGAGCCGAAGGAAACUCUUGAGACGACAGAAACCAGUGGGACAAACUAAAAACUCUUGGCUGGAACUGGUUGGUAGUGUUUUUUGGGAUGCACCUGGAGGGGGAAGGGGAUGAAACAACACACAGGUCCCACCCCUUCUUUACACAUUUUCACCCGUCCAUCGACUCAGAGGCUCAACUUGCAAAAAAAAAGAAAAAAAGAAAAAAAACAUCAAAGUGCACAAAAUUGACUAAAUUUCAGUGAUUGUGGUUUACACCUGUGAUUUAAAAAAAAAAAUCAACUAUCGACCUGCUAAUGUUUGAGAGCUACAUCUGCUGCUUAUGGUGUUAUUGAUUAUAAAUAAAUAUGUAAACAACUAUGGGGAUGAACACAAAGUGUAUUCAGGCCUAUAAUGGAUGGAUGAAUGCUUAAAAUGGAUCAAGGAGGAGGAUCAGACGCGGGGAAUGAGUGUGAGAGAGUCUGCAGUGAGUUUGCGGAUGGGAGCGAGGCUGCUUUUUGUCAAUAAAUGUCAAGUGUCUGUCUGUGUGUUAUCGUCUUAAAUGUUCGUUUUGCCUUUAGCUUUUGCUUUAGAGAGUGUGAGGAAAGGAGGGGCAGUGGAGGAGGGAGAAGUGACUGAAACCGGUUCCCAAUUAAAACUUCCUCUUCUUCAGCGCACCUGUUACUGUCUUACCUAUAAGAGACUGACAUGGGAAACAUGCUCAUUGAAUGUGAAAAGAGGAGGAGGAGGAGGAAGAAGAAGAAUCAAAGGGGAGAGCCAUGAGGAUUGUAUGAUAUGAUAAAGCCUUAGUCCAGCUUGUAACUCCAGGUAUGAAAAGACUUGAGAAAGUUGUAAGAUCUUGGUGGUGAACAAGUCUGGUGUUGCAUCCGUAUUUUUGUUCUUUUGCUUUGUUUCAUUUGACGAUACAUGUAAAAUGUGUAGAUAACUUUUGCCAGGAUGUGACAGAUUGUUUAAAGAUGGGGCAGGAGAAGAAGAGUACUGCUUACUUCCUGACAGCCCUGGGAGGAAAAGUAAAGCAGAAGUCAUUUUUGUUUUUUUUGUUUUUUAACCAAUAACCUUUAGAGUCUGCCAGAAGUAUGUGUGUUUUGGUUUCCACUGUGGCAGGCAAUGACAGAAAGGUUCUUGUUAAUAUUUAAAGGAGGAGUUUUGACCCAGGCCUGUCAGGAUGGACGGGUGUCACAGAUGGGAGUGAGCUGUCUGAUGUCCUGUACAUUUCUUUACCAUGCUUCAACUUUAUUACUAUGAUAUUUGUGUAUAUUUUCUGAAUCAAUAAAAUAUACACAACUUACACAGAA